CAAGCGCAUGCUUCCAUACCCCGUUAAACUCAUCUCCUGUCCAACCUCUCACAGACCUGUCUCCCUUGCUCUCCAUUCACUUCUUCCACGAGAUACGCAAAAGAAAUCACAAAUGACUGACCAAAAACCAGAAGCCACCAAAGUGGCUUAUCAAGUCCCCCAUGACUCCCUUCCCACCGCCGUCGCCCCACAGCCGUGGCGUAACAAUAAGUUUGCCAUGGCUUGCGGCGCGCUCGCCUCCAUGACCACCAUCGUCUUAGGCUAUGAUAUUGGAGUGAUGAGCGGUGCUGCAAUAUUCAUCCAAGACGACUUCCACGUGAGUGACACGGAGAUAGAAAUCCUCCUCGGCAUCCUCAACAUCUCCUCCCUCAUUGGCUCCCUCGCCGCCGGCAGGACAGCCGACUGGAUCGGCCGCCGCUACACCAUCGUCUUUGCCGCUGGCAUCUUCUUUGUUGGCGCAAUCCUGAUGGGCCUCGCCCCCAACUACGCCUUCCUCAUGGUCGGCCGCUUCAUCACCGGCAUCGGCGUCGGCUACGCCGGUGUGAUCGCCGCCGUCUACACUGCCGAGGUUGCCCCCGCCUCCUCCCGUGGCUUCCUCGUCUCCUUCCCGGAGGUCUUCAUCAACUUCGGCAUCCUCGUCGGCUACCUCUCCAACUUCGCCUUCGCCAGGCUCCCGGAGCACUUGAGCUGGCGGCUUAUGCUCGGCGUCGGCGCCAUCCCCUCCGUCUUCCUUGGCAUCGGCGUCCUUGCCAUGCCGGAGUCUCCCCGGUGGCUUGUCAUGCGGGGCAAGCUCGCCGCGGCAAAGAAAGUCCUCGCCAAGACCUCCGACACCCCGGAAGAAGCCGAGGAACGCCUCCUCGACAUCAAGAACGUUGCCGGCAUCCCCGCCGACUGCAACGACGACGUGGUCGCGGUCCAGAAGCAAAGCCACGGCAAGGGAGUGUGGAAGGAGCUCUUCCUGAGGCCAACGCCGUCGGUCCGCCGUGUCUUGAUAUCAGCGAUGGGAAUCCACUUCUUCCAGCAGGCCUCCGGUAUCGACUCUGUGGUGCUGUACAGCCCCCGAGUCUUUCAAAAAGCCGGAAUUUAUGACAAAGACAAGCUGCUCGGUACGACGGUGGCGGUCGGAUUCACCAAAACUCUGUUCAUCCUGGUGGCAACCUUCCUGUUAGACCGUGUUGGGCGGCGACCUUUGUUGUUGAGCAGCCAAGGAGGGAUGAUAGUGUCUCUGGCCGGGCUUGGGCUCGGGCUCACCAUCAUCGAUCACCAUCCGAAUGGGCAGCUCCCAUGGGCCAUCGGGCUCUGCAUCGCAUCGAUAUUGGCCUUUGUCGCCUUCUUUUCGAUCGGUAUGGGGCCAAUGCCUUCGGUGUAUUGCUCAGAGAUCUUCCCACUGAGGCUAAGAGCACAGGGGGUGAGUGUAGGGGUGGUUGUGAACCGGGUGACAAGUGGUGUGAUCACGAUGACCUUUUUAUCACUCUACAAAGCCAUUACGAUCGGUGGGAGCUUCUUCUUGUAUGCUGGGAUCGCGGCGGUGGGAUGGGUUUUCUUCUUUACUUACUUGAAGGAGACCAGAGGGAAGACUCUGGAGGAGAUGGAGAAUUUGUUUGGAACGAAAACAGAAGAGGAGGAGGAUGGAGAAGUUCAGAUGGCGAAUGGAGCUGGGAGAGGGAGUACUGGGAAAGAUUGAUAACUUCAGGGUGUUUUCUGUAAAAUAAUUAUGGAGAAGGUGAAACCUUAGUAGGAAAGACUUAAGCUGGAAAUUGUGACGAAAAGAGAUGCGGAGGGUUCGGUGGGAAGAUUAACGGGGCCCACGAGGGCUUUGGGGUUGAUGGGGAUAAGAUAACGUUUUUUUUUACUUUAGGGGAAAGUAAAAAAAAAGCUGCAUAAUUAUGGGAAGUCUUGUACGGUGGAUCUGUCAUCGAUGUCAUGUUCCAAGUCCGUUUGAUUGGAAGGAUUCAAAUGAAAGACGAAAGCGGAGAAGGAUAUUUGAGCAUUUUGCCGUCAACCAAGCAAACACUGGAAUACUAUUAUGUUUGUACAUGGAUCCUCUGUGAGGAAGGGGCUUUCUUAGGGCGGUUGUCAAACCAGCAAAAUUAUUUUAUGGUGUCUAUUUGAGCAGCCGCCUUUCCUAUAUUUGUCCUUUCUUGGCUUUAUCUCAUGACAAACAUUGUUGUUAAAUCGUGAAGUGGACGUAGUUUCUACCGGUAGGGACAUCGUGACGCUUUCUUUAGCUAUUUGUUAUCUCAAAGCAGGUCGGCAGCACAUACUUUAAGGAAUACAGGGUGUCCGAGACGCAAGGCAUUCGGACGCAGGUUUUAUGCUACCUUUCAUUCCAUGUAUCCAGGAGAGCGCCGUGCAGCUAACUUUGAAUUAAUCGAAUAGUCCAAGGGCAAUCCACUUGGUCUG